AUGGCUCAUUCGAACCUCGACUCGCCGCUAGCUUCCCCCACCCGUAUCGUCAAGCGCGAGUACUCGAUCGCUCCAUCACCGCGCUUGGUAUUGAACGCUCCAUCUGCGUUCUCCCCCAACUCUGGACCUCCCCCCGGUGCGCGACCGCCCAUCAUUCGCAGAGUAUCGCGUCUCGACCCGAUGGAGACUGGUGUGGACGACGACGGGCACGGCGAGCUCGGCCCGCGGCACCCUCUGCGCAGGAUACGCGAGGACCGUCCACCCAUGCCCGACCACCGCGACAGCGACAGCUCGUCUGUUAGCCUGCCUGGUAUCAAGGCUCUCCUCAACGCUGCAGACCAGCCCCCCCUCGUCUCCCCUUUUGGCCAAUUCUACGCCUCCCCCAGCGUCACCUCGGUAACCAACUCUGGAGUUUCGCCACUUGACUCGCCAACCUCGCGAACAUCACGCUUCUCUUCUUCGACGUCAUCUGUGAACGAGGGCGGCCAGUCUGGCGGCUGGUGGGCGCCAGAUGAGCGUUCAACUUCCAGCUACCCUUCGCGUGCAGGCUCGUUCAGUACACGAGGCCCGCUCGACGAGGAACCCGACUUCAAGCGUCGCAGGUCCGACCUGGCGCCCACGUUGCCAGACGCCGACGAGAUUGCGCGUCUCAAGUGGCAAGCCCAAAGCCGUAACGCGUCGUUUCCAGCGUCUGGCUCGAUAUCCUCGGCCUCGGGCCAUGGUCUCCGGUCAAUGCUCUACCCUCCGCUGUCAUCUUCAACGUUGUCGCGAGGGUCAAUCUCUGGUACGCCCCUUGCGUCUCCCUUGACACCUCCUGUGGAGUCGCAGUAUGACAUGAACUCAUCGCGCAACUCGCCCAUGACAGGUCCCCUCACGCGCUCGUUUGCCGAUCUCACCGCCUCGGAGCGGUCGCCGCAGUCUGAAGGCCACCCACCUUCACGCAACCGCUCCCCAGUCGAGCGUCGACCGUCACUGUUCCGACCGUCGCUUUCGAACGAGUCGAUCCCGCAGAUCCCUUCUCUUCGUGAAGUGCCCAGCCCAGGUGGUCCAGGCGGCGACCCACAACGAGUGUCACGCACGCGCCCGCCAUCGCCCGAGCCCCUGGGACCCAAGGGUGACAGGCGUAAAUCGCUCGCCGAGCUGAUCAUGGAAAGCAGUGGCGACGAUGUCGCCAUGGCCAAGGGCGGACGCUUCUUCACCUCGGGACCACCAGGUCCAUCACCUAGUGACAGCCGGCUCGCGCCGCCAGAGGCCCCCAUGUGGCCAGUACGACGCGAAUCGACAGAAUCCAUCCACUCGGUCACGUCUGUGCCGGGCAUGCCCCCAAGUUCCGACUCUGAAUUGGGAGGCUCUGCGGUCCUCAGAGAGCGGCAGAACGCCGUCUUGGUUCCUCCACCCCCACAUGACCGUCGGCGGUCGUUUGUGGGUGGUGUCGAAGAAGAGGAACUGGCGGAGCCGAAGAGUGAUCCGGGCAUGCGUGGGAUGGAGGUGCUGGCGUCCGAGAGCGCACGGCGCCUGGCGGACGAACGCAAAGACGACGACCGCGAAACAAGCCCCACCAAGAACAGCGGACCGAGCUCUGGGCCAAAGUACUCGUGCAACUAUUGCGCCAAGACCUUUUCGCGCCCGUCCUCGCUCCGCAUUCAUACCUAUAGCCACACUGGCGAGCGUCCGUUCGUCUGCAAGGAACCUUCGUGCCGCCGGAGGUUCUCGGUUCAGUCCAACCUCAAACGCCAUGCCAAGGUGCAUCAGCUGCAGGCACAGCAAGCCCAGGCGGCACAGAUCAACCAGCGCUCCGCGCAGCCACGGCAUCCCAUGCACAUGGGACCCAACGUCCACGGCGGACCGCAGCCUCCAGUGUACUAUGCGACCCGGCCCGGCCCCCCACCGCCGCACCCGCACAUGCACAUGGCCCAGCACCACCCGCCGCCACCGGGCUAUGGCCACGGCCCACCACCGCCAGGAUACAUGGGUGGACCGCAGCCUGGCCACCCCGGGUUCGAUGGUCAUGGCCCACCCCCGCACUUCCAGCCACAAGGAAUGCGACCAGGGCACGGCGACCACAUGGCCGCCCACUAUCACGCGCACCAGCGCAGACACUCGCACGAUGUCGAUCCUGCGGGACGACCCGGGGGACCCCUCGGCGGCGAUGACUGGGUCAGCGAGGACGAGGAGGAUGAGCUUGACGACGACGAGUAG